GUCAGGAGGUCCGCAUUCAAAUCUCAGCUCGGAUAUGGACUAUUAUAAAUCAAACUUUUCAUAGUUCACCAUAGUCCAAGGAACGUUGCGGGAUAUUAUAUGAAAUAAGAGGAAGAAGGCUUCCUUUCUCAUCAUUCCAUUUUAUUAUUUAUUAAUCAUCCUGUCAAUCGACGCUACUUAAGCUACUGACGGCGUUUUUGGAUAAGUAAUAAAAUUGAUGUGGUACCAGGACACCAUCCUCUUGGACCCAACAGAUAGACGUAAGAUGGAAUCUCGUGGAAACAAACACACAUUGAACAUUCGUAACGUCCAAGGUUCAGACUUCGGGAACUACAGCUGCGUGGCAGACAACUCACUUGGACGUGCCAAGAAGUACAUGGAGCUGUCAGGACGACCGAGUCCCGCCGAAUUCCGGAGCGCGCCUUUCAGUCGUGCAUGGGACAGCUACAACCUGACCUGGGUAGUCGAGAGCUACCCGCCGCUGGAAGAAGUUCGCCUGCUCUACAGGAAGCUGAUGAUGAACGAGACGUACCAACAUCCAGGCAAGUGGCACGAUGUCAUCCUGCAGCCUCCUCACGACGAGACUUUCACGCAUGUAAUGUCAUACAACAUCAGAGGGUUGGACCAUGGCUCCGUGUUCGAAGCUAUCGUCCAAGCUAAGAACAGAUAUGGCUGGAACGAGGUGUCCGAUCUCUAUCAGUUCUAUACCCGUGGUGCAGAGCCUGAAAUGGAAGACAUGGAACUCAUCGCAAGUUCGGAUUCCUUUUCAUUGUUUCCAUGUCGGACAAUGUUGGCAAUACUGUGGAUUGCAGUGUCUACUCUGUUUUGCCACUUAUAGAAUAUGUGCUUCUGAGUUAGAUCUCUGACAUGUGAGAAGUAACCAGCGACAUAGAUCGCAGGUUGAAAACGACAUGUGCUGCUGCUGUCAAGAACUGAAGGAGUUCAUGAAGAAGAAAAUAUGAAAUGAUUCAGAGAAGAAGCAGAGAGAUGAACAAAAUAAUUAAUGUGGUUGAACUGUUUCUUUUAACUAUGAGGUUUGUGUCCAUCCUCCAUUAACCACCCAGUUUGUCCACAAACGAAUAAAGACACUAAAAGAUAUACUGAAGUGACUGAAUUAUGCAGUAAUAAUAUGCAGACUUUUAUAAAAGUGACAGUGUGAAAUGAAAGAGUCUAGUUUUUAAUAAAGUGUGAUGCAUUAGGAGAGGCUGUCUCUCUUAUCUCUCUCUGUUUUUUUGACCCCACGGUAAGAAGGACAUGUGGAAAGCCUGAAAGAACCAAGUGUUUUUAACAGUAUAAAUGACAGUGUUAAUAUGAUCAGCAUAUAGUAUUCAAAGUUAUCGUUUGUGUGAUGAAAUGGCAAUGCUAGAGAAAUGACCAAGGUACUGAAGACUAAUGUGAUGAUGAGGGUGAAGAAUACAAUUAAUAAUGGAGUCCGUGUUCCCAGAACUGACAUGUAACCCCUCCUUCAGAUUCCUGGAAAUGUUUGUAUAUAAACAAUGUCUUUUUUUUGACAUCACCGUCUACAUACUGUUGCAAAGAUAUAUAAUAAUUUUUCACUGUAUUGAAAUAUUGACAAAUAUGUGGUAUUUUUCUUAUGACCUACACAUUAUGUUUAACUAAGCUAUUACUGUAAUCACUUCAGAAUAUAUGUUCCCAUGCCUUUCCCCACUCAGCAUGUAAAAUUAAAAUAGUGGUUCUCAAAAUUUAGGUGUACCCUCCAAAUAUAUUUCUUAUGGUAAGCUUGUGUGGACAGAAAAUUGAAAUUUGUUCUAAAUAAAUAUAUUGCAAAGUCAUAUAAUACUGAUAGAAUUAAUGGUGUAUGUUACCUUAGUUUAUAAAAGGAAUAGGAUGUUUUCUUUACCCAAACCAUAUUAUUUGAUUUUAAAACUUUUCUUGUGUUACUAAUAGCAUGUAUAAGACAGUGGUAUAAUUACAAUGUUGCCAGUUUGUUUAUUGAAAACGCCCAGACAAUAUAAGCAAUACUGAAUCUUACAAAACCAUGCGCAACUUUAAUAUUAGCAAGAAUAAAAUAUGUUAAAAAUACAUAAUUUCGAAAUAUUCGAAAUUUUGUUUGUAGUUUGAAAGAAAUUGUAUAUCCUGUUUUGUAUGCUUGUUUAUUUAUUUGUGUCAGAAUAAUUGUUACUGGCUUCCUGUACAAGGUAUGUUUUUUUCCCUUUCAGGUUUACCUUUCUUCAACUCAUUUUAUUGGUACCAAUUUAAAAUUUAAUUAAUUCUUUGAAUGGCUCACUAAUGCAUAUAUUAUAAAUAUUACAUUACUACAUCCAGUGAAACUCGCUAAAUCUUGGUUAAAAAGUCACUUAUGACACAAUGUGAAAACCAAACAGAAUACACAUAAAUACACUAAAGGAACAUCAUUACUACAUAAAAACUGCCCAACAACAACACAGAGAUUUAAAUAAGUUCUUAACAAAUAUACUGAACAGCUUUUCUGACAGCUUAUGUCAUGUCUGUAUGUCUCUGUUACAUCUACUAGGGAAACCAAUUUAUACAGGCAGUCUAAAUAAUUUGAAAACAGAAUGAAAUAUAUUCUUUCAUAUUCUUUUUACAGUAAGCAACAUUUCUCUGAGAAACGUGAAAUUCAUAUUGUUGAAAAUUCCUGAGAUUUACCCCCAAAAUCCAUAU